AUGUCCUACUACUACGAGCAGUGCAAGCAGCCCUGCCUGCCCCCUCCCAUCUGCCUGCAGAAGUGCGCCAAGUGCCCGGAGCCCUGCGCCACCAAGUGCGUCGAGGUCUGCCAGACCCCCUGUGCCACCCAGUGCGCCACCAGCUGCGCCCCUCAGUGCGUGGACGUCUGCGCCAAGCCCUGCUCCAGCCAGUGUGUGGAGGUCUGCGCCCCGCAGUGCGCCGACGUCUGUGCCACCCAGUGUGCCACCAGCUGCGCCCCGCAGUGCGUGGACGUCUGUGCCACCCAGUGCGCCACCAGCUGCGCCCCGCAGUGCGUGGACGUCUGUGCCACCCAGUGCACCACCAGCUGCGCCCCGCAGUGCGUGGACGUCUGCCCCGCCCAGUGCCCCACCCAGUGCCCUGAGCCCUGUGUCACCAAGUGCGUGGAGAAGUGCCAGGCCGAGGUUUGCAGCACCAAGUGCGUGGAGUCGUGCGAGACCGUGUGCCUGGAGCCCUGCUCCCACCCUUGCUGA